AUGGGUGUUCCCAAGUUCUUCAGAUGGCUCUCGGAGCGCUAUCCGGCCAUCUCUCAGCUCAUUGCUGAAAAUCGAAUCCCCGAAUUCGACAACUUGUACCUUGAUAUGAAUGGCAUCAUCCACAACUGCACACACAAGGACAGCGACGAUGCCACCUAUCGCCUCAGCGAAAAAGAAAUGUUCAUCCGCAUCUUCAACUACAUUGAGCAUCUUUUCGGCACCAUCAAGCCGCAGAAACUCUUCUUCAUGGCCAUUGACGGUGUCGCCCCCCGCGCCAAGAUGAACCAACAACGUGCGCGCCGUUUCCGAACUGCACUCGAUGCCGAGAAGGCUCGUGAAAAGGCUGUUCGCGAGGGCAUCGAAUUGCCCAAGGAGGAGGCCUUUGACAGCAACUGCAUUACACCAGGAACUGAAUUCAUGCAGAAAUUGACUCAGCACCUCAAGUAUUUCAUUGCAAAGAAGGUCUCUGAGGACAAGGACUGGCAGGGUUGUGACAUUGUCCUGUCCGGCCACGAAGUGCCCGGCGAGGGUGAGCACAAGAUCAUGGAGUACAUCCGCAAUGCGAAGGCCCAGCCCGACUACGACCCAAAUGUGCGACAUUGCCUCUACGGUCUCGAUGCUGAUCUCAUCAUGCUGGGGCUGCUCAGUCAUGACCCCCAUUUUUGCUUGCUGAGAGAGGAGGUCACGUUUGGCCGUGCCUCGAAAAAUAAAUCCAAGGAGUUGGAACAUCAGAAUUUCUAUCUCAUGCAUCUUUGUAUUGUUCGCGAGUACUUGGAGUUGGAGUUCCAGGACUUGAAAAAGGAAGGGGCCUUGCCUUUUGCAUUUGACAUGGAGCGGGUCAUUGACGAUUUCAUCUUGAUGGCGUUCUUUGUCGGAAACGACUUCUUGCCGAAUCUGCCAUACUUGCACAUCAAUGAAGGUGCGUUGGCUACCAUGUUCCGCAUAUAUAAGGAGAUCCUCCCCCAGACCGAGGGAUAUAUCAACGAGGGCGGUGUUAUCAACCUGUCACGACUCGGAUUGCUGCUCGAAGAAUUGUCCAAGGAGGAAACCCGCCAUUUCGAGCAUGAAAACUCAGAUGAGAAGUGGCUUAGAAGCAAGCGUGCAGUAGAAGCCAAGGCGGAAACAAUAACGAGAGCAAAGGGCAAGGUUAUCAUGACAACACCGCAAAAAGAUCUUUGGAAGCAAAUUCGCAAGUAUAUACAGAAGCGCCCGGGAGGUGACCUUGACUUGGGCACGAAGCUGGCUGCGGCCGACCGGAAAUUCGUCCAGGAUGCUGCCGACAGUCUCCAUGUGGAGUGGCGCACCUCCGAGGAUGAAGAUGGUGAACGUCAUCUCCUGUUGUCCAUGCCCGCUAAGGCCGAGGGGGGCGAUGAGGAUGAUGAGGAAGAGGAGGAAGGACACUUGGCUCUUCUCCGCGUCAUGAAGCGUUAUGAUAAUGCUCAAAUCAUCGAUGAGACGCCCGAGGAAGCUCAAGCUUCCAUGCAAGUCAAGUACAAGGAGAAGUUCCUGGAAUGGAAGGAGAAGUACUACGCUGAGAAGUUUGAGGAAUGGACACCUGCAACCAAGGAGACAGAGUUGCGCAAGCUUUGCGAGAAUUACGUCCAGGGAUUGCAAUGGGUGCUGUACUAUUACUACCAGGGUGUAGCAUCCUGGCCUUGGUACUAUGCUUCUCAUUAUUCCCCCAUGAUUUCUGAUGUCACCAAAGGCUUCGGUGCAGACCUCGACUUCAAGUUGGGUCAACCGUUCCGUCCUUUUGAGCAGCUCAUGGGUGUCUUGCCAGACCGAAGCAAGAAGAUUGUCCCCACAGUCUAUCAUCCCUUGAUGACGGAGCCGAACUCUCCAAUCAUUGACUUCUACCCGCGAGAUUUCGAACUUGACAUGAAUGGCAAAAAGAUGGAGUGGGAAGCUGUCGUCAAGAUCCCCUUCAUCGAUGAGCAGCGUCUGCUUUCGGCCAUGGCUUCGAAGAAUGAUUUGCUAUCCGACGAUGAAAAGGCUAGAAAUAGCUUUGGUGUCACGUUGAAGUUUACGUAUGAUCGCACGUUGGAUUAUACUUAUCCUUCCUCGUUGACGGGCGAAUUUCCCGACGUUCAGCAUUGCAAAGUGGUUGAGAACAUUUACGACCUUCCAGUGGCUGAGGGACUUGAGCUUUACCGAGGUCUUGUACCCGGGGCAAAACUGAAAAUGGAGGCUCUCGCUGGAUUUCCCAGUCUUGCAACUCUGCCAUACAAUGCUGCUCUAGGUUUUCACGGUGUCAAGGUCUUCCAGCAAGAAAGUCGCAAUGAGAGCAUGGUUGUCACGCUCUCAGAUGUCGAGGCACGGGUCCGAGUCGAGUCUGCAAAGGCCAAGCUUGGUAAGAGAUGUUUUGUGGGAUAUCCCUUCUUGCAGGAAGCCAAGAUUGUUCGAGUUUCAGAUGAACUAUUUGAUUACACCCUCGCUGAAGAUGAUUCCGGCCAGGUGGUCACCCGUAAUCACCAUGGCAAGGAGAUUGACGACUGGAGCGCCAAGGCCGACCGCAUCGAAUCUUUCUACAGUACCAGGCUAGGAAUCAUCAUCGGAAACGUGGAGUCCAUGGUCCAUGUUGAUAUGCUCAAAGGCCUUACCAAGACUGAUGCUGGUGCAUUGAUCAAGGAAUACGGCUAUAUUCCUGGCGUCGAGACUGAUUAUCCCUCUCAAGUCAUUGUGGAUGAAGUUGUCAGCGAGGACCAACGAUUCAUUGAGAAGGCUGCUCUCCCUAUCGAGGAAGAAUAUCCGCUCAAAUCUCGUGUCUUCUAUUUGGGCGAUGCUGUACGCGACCGAGAUUUUGAGGCAUGGGCCAAGGCCUCUGAGCAGGCUAAAGUCCUCGGCCCAAUACCACGAGAGGUACUAAGGCCGGUGUACGGUCGUCCAGUCGAGAUUGCCGGACACGGUAGCAAUCGUGCCAAGAUUGUCACUUCUCUCUACAUUCUGAAACCUAAUCUUGAGGCUGCCGAAGCGGACGAGCUCGCUCCCAAGUUAGAUCGCUUUGUCAAGACCGAACCAAGCUUUGCCAAGGGAAUCAUUCAGCAGGCGGAGCGGGAAAAUCCUUAUUGGCCGUCAUACUCACUCGCCCAGAAGUUGAGGAUGCCACCACUCGUACUCAGCAAGAUUACUGCGUCCUUCUUUGUGCAGACCAUUGGUGGAAUGCGCGUCAAUCUUGGCCUCAAUCUGAAAUUUGAGGCCAGGAAGCAGAAGGUGCUUGGCUAUUCUCGAAAAUCCAAGACUGGUUGGGAGUUCAGCCCAGCAGCUGUGCAGCUAAUUGCCGAGUACAUUGCAGCGUUCCCUGAUUUCUUCCAGGCCAUCAAGAACAAUCCUCAGGGUAGCGAGCUCAAUGAAACGGACAUAUUCCCGGACCCUAGCUAUGCUAGCCAAAGGAUCAAGGAAAUGGGUGCUUGGAUCAAGAACACAGAUAGAGGCAACUUUGAAAAGGUUCCUCUAGAGGCCGAGCAACUCGAUUCCGAUGCGGUUCGAAGUAUCGAGCAAGCUGUCGAUGCACUGCUUUCGGAUGCACCACAACCUGUCAUUCGGGUCAUGAAUGAUGUCCCUAGAAACGCUCUGAUCCGGCCUCAGGAUGUUGAGCAGCGGCUGGGUAACCAGCAAUUUACUCUUGGAGAUCGAGUUGUCUAUGUGCAGGAUUCAGGCAAGGUGCCCAUCGGCUUGAAAGGCACUGUCGUUGGUAUCAGCAAUAUUGGUAGCACCCCCAUGUUGGAUGUCCUCUUCGACCAGACAUUCAUGGGAGGGUCGUCUCUGAAUGAGAGAUGCUCUGCUUUCCGCGGUGGAGUGGUGCCAGCCAAUUCCGUUCUCAACACCACCUAUCCCCAACUGCUGGCUACUAGCAAUGCCAGGCGCCAACAACCUUCUCAGGCUAGUCAGCCCUUCUCAGUCACAGGUUCAGGGAACCGCGCCAACAGCAAAUAUGUGUCGCAGAAUGGGCAUUCUUACCGAGAGGCACCUGCUCCCGGAGCACUGCACGGAAGUUACACUGGAGCAGUACAAGGUCAUGCAUCGACACACCGAGCGAGAGGUAGAGGCGGGCACCCGCAAGUUGGAAACACGAACGUUGCUCCCCACUUACAAUCGGCUAAUUUGGUCUAUCGUCCGGCCCCUGGUCACAAUCAGCAAAACCCGAAUGGCCCUGCCCGUGGUGGUCGUGGGGGCAGGGGUGCUCGAGGCGGCGGUACACUAUACAAUACCCAUGGUCAUGCGCAACCAACAGGUCACUCAGUGGCAAAUCCUCCCACUCAGGGUGGAUACAACGCAGUCCCACCACCAACGAACCUCAAUCACAGUGGUCGUGGACGUGGUAGAGGCCGUGGAUCUAGGGGCAGAGGUGGCCCUCCUCGAGGCAGAGGAGGUGCUGCUCAGGAGCAGACCGCCUAA